AUGCAGUCGAUUAAAGGACAAGGUGCAUUGCAUGGUGCAUUUUUGUGGCGACAAGUAGACACGGUCGUCGAAUUGAAACAAAAUUGGAGAGCUAAGGAUGACGCACCAUUUGUAGACAUGCUGAACAGGAUACGUAUCGGCAAGGCAUGCAAGCUGGCGUCGAACACAGCGCAAGCUAGUGAUUAUGAUAUACUGAAGACACGGUUGCUUAGCGAAUUGAAGAGAUCUGCUCCCGAAGAAUUUGAUGCAUUCAACGACGCACCUGUCGUCGUGACGAAAAAGGUCUUAAGAGACGCAAUCAACGAGGCCAAAGCUCGCUCAUUCGCCCAGCAUUCAGAUCAACAAUAUGAGGUAUAUUGUGCGAGAGAUAAGAUAUCUGGAGUAAGCGUCACACCUCAGCAACAAAGACGGAUGUGGAAAAUACAGAGCUCAUACACCAAUGAUGCGCUUGGCGAAUUGCCGUUGAUUCCAGGGAUGCCCGUGAUGAUAACAGAGAAUGCUGCGACCAGCUGUAAGAUUGUAAAUGGCAGCAAGGGGACAUUGAAGUCUAUUACGUAUGAAGUUGACAACGGGCAGCGGUAUGCGGCAUGUGCAUUAGUAGAUAUCCCAGAAAGUGCUUUGCAUGUGCCAGAUUUAGACCAUGGUGUGGUACCUAUCAUGCCUGUCACGACGAGUUUUAGAUUUGCCACAGGGGAAAAAACAAUCAGCAUUCGACGUACGCAACUUCCCAUUGUGCCUGGAUGGGCUUUCACAGAUUUCAAGGCACAAGGAAGUUCUUUGGAACGGGUUAUUGUGGAUUUGACAUCCGCGCGUUCUCUUCAGAGCAUUUAUGUGAUGUUGUCACGAGCACCUAAAUUGCGCAACAUAGCAAUUCUCAGAUGGUUUUCGUCUAAGACACUCAAUUCCAACUUACAAGGUGACGCACGAGAGGAGCUGAAGCGAUUGAGUAUUGUUGCGAGAGACACCCGGCAAAAAUAUUUUGCACAGCGAAAUCAGACAUGCCAAAUGAGGGUGGUCGCUCAAGACAACCACACAUGA